GGGUCCCACCGGGUUCCCGCGGGACCCAACGCAAAUCUCGCGAGAGCGUGCGGUUUGAGCUUUGCUGCGAACGGGAACGGGCUAAAAAAAACAUUGCGGGAUCGAGAAAAGUCUGCAACGGACUGAAAUCUGUCACAAGCUCUGUGUUGAGGCGACACACCUGCUCUGCUCUCCCCGGUCAAAGCUGCAGCAAAGAUAAGAGCACACAGCAGCUACAGCUCAUCACACAGCAAACACCAGGACGACAUCACUCAUCCACAAACAUGAAAAAAAAGCUGCUCAUCGAUGCAGACACAGGGGUGGACGAUGCUCAGGCCAUCAUGGUGGCCCUGGCGGACCCCAAUGUGGAGAUUUUGGGGAUCACCUGCUGCUAUGGCAACACGCCACUUGAGAACGUCCUACACAACACGCUGCGAGUCCUGAAAGCCUGCAAAAGACUGGAUAUUCCAGUGUACAGAGGAUGCUCAGGGCCCCUUCUGGCCAACCGACGCCACGCUGGAGAUUACCACGGGAAGGAUGGCCUGGGUGAUGUCCCGGACCCGGACGCCCCCGGCCUGGAGCUGCUGCAGAAGAAAAGAGGUGUGCCUGCCAUGGUCAAGAUUGUCAAUCAAAACCCCGGAGAGGUGACCCUGGUGGCCACGGCCCCCCUCACUAACUUGGCCGUUGCAGUACAACUGGACCCCUCCCUCCCCAAGAAACUCAAGGCUCUUUACAUCAUGGGGGGAAACACAGACUCCAGGGGUAACACCACAGUGUGCGGAGAGUUCAACUUUGUAGCCGACCCCGAGGCUGCUCACAUCGUGUUGGAGCGCUACACCUGCCCCACCUACAUCGCCCCCUGGGAGUUCAGCUGCAGGAACAGUCUGCCAUGGUCUUUCUGUGAGCACUGGUUGUCCCAAAACACAGAGAAGGCCUUGUUUAUGAAGAAGAUCACCAGCCUCUCAAUGAAGAAAGCUCAGUCGGCCGACUAUCAGAAGGAAAUCACCGAAGGAAAAGGGUUCAACUCCUGUGACACCUACGCCAUGGCUGCAGCCAUCGACGACACAUUUAUAAUAGAGAGUGAAGAGGUUGCCGUGGCAGUGGAGCUGGAGGGGAAAUACACCCGAGGCAUGAUGGUGCUGGACUACAUGGAGCUGCUGAAGAAGACACACAAGGUCACCAUCAUGCGGAACGUCGACCUGGAGAAGUUCAGGCAGAUGUUCAUGAACUCACUGAAGUAGAGAGAUGCUGUGACAAGCUGAAGGCAGGAAUACAACAACUUUUCUCAUGUUUUCUUUGUUACAUCAUGAAAACGCAUCUAACCAACAAAUACACUGAUUCUGAGCCGUAAGAACAGAAUAUAAAAAACCUUCACACGAGUGAGGAGGAUUCAAUAAGAGCCCAUAAACUUCACGUUUCUUUACAAAUUUGUGAAUAAAGAAAGUGAGGAUUGUUGGUUACAUCUUAUUUUGUGUGGUGGAAAAAGAACUAAAAUGAAAUUCAACUUCUAACUUCUAUAACUUCAUAUGCUGUCUGAGAGCAUUGUGUCAUUAGAGCCAAGAAAUACUACUGAUGCUUCAUAUAUAUGUAGAUUAAACAUCUAAUGAGGUAUUUCCACUAAUGGCUGAUAUUAAAAGCUUGUAUUAUAUAUUAUAAAACAUAAACAUUACAGGAUGUUAUUCCAGCACAUGGUUGACAUUAUGUCGUCACCCAUUGCAGGGACAACAGUGCCACUAUAAGGCAUUAGCGUGUUACUACAAUUGCACUCUAUUUUUCUAUUUUACAUUAUUUUUCUCUUGAUAUUUACAUAUUGGACUUAAAAUGUGAAAGUGGAAGAAGUAAAAGAAGGAUGGACAUAGAAAUGAAACCCAAAACAGUGACAUGGAAGAAAAAGAAAGAAAGAAGGCCAGAGAAAGACAACAAUUCAUGAUGCUAUGAAUGAGAAUUAAAGUACAAUAAUUAUUGUAAACAGUAAGUUCAGAUUUAUUUCUCCAGGAAUUAAAGCCACAUCCACUGAAAUUAAUAAAACCUUUUAUUGAAA